UUACUGACAGCAACCACUGGGGGGCAGCACACACACAAUGGACCCUGUUGUUGUGAAGGCAGAGACGGAGACAGAGAGGGUCAUGGGACCCUGUUUGCUCGUCCUCAACCAUGAGAGUCAUAUGAGACAGCGGCAGAGAGGAGCAGUGAGUUAGAGACGAAGAAAAGAUGGAGGACUUGUCCCGGUGGGUGCAGGAGGCUGGGAGGUGGGUGAGGAGGUGCUGCUGUGGUGAGGAGGAAGAGGAUGAGGAGGAGAAAGGGAAGAGGGAAGCAGAAGAAGAUGAAGAAAAGGAGGAGGAGGAGGAGGAGGUGAAGAUGGAGGAGCUUCGCUUCAGAAAGAGCAGGAGUUCAACUUCCCUCCCAUCUGCUGAGUCUGACUCGUCCCCCUCAGGAUCCCAGCCUCACUGGUUCCACACUCUGCAGGUCCGACGUCUGCGAGUGCAGCGAGGACGCAGCAACAGCGACCCGCUCGGAGGGAAGGACUGCGAGCACCACCACACCUGGAAACCAGCUCUCCGGUUUGGAGCUGCUCAUUCCUAUGUGAGUCUGGAGAAACUGGGUGAAGGAGCCUACGCCUCCGUCUACAAAGGAAUCAGCAGGAUAAACGGGCAGCUGGUGGCUCUGAAGGUGAUUCGUAUGAAGACUGAGGAGGGCGUCCCGUUCACCGCCAUCCGAGAAGCCUCUCUGCUUAAACGUCUGAAACACGCCAACAUCGUCGUCCUCCAUGACAUCAUCCACACCAGAGAGUCUCUGACCUUCGUCUUUGAAUACGUGCAAACAGACCUGGCCCAGUACAUGAGCCAACACCCUGGAGGACUACACUCACACAACGUCCGGCUCUUCAUGUUCCAGCUGCUGCGAGCCCUCUGCUACAUCCACAGCCGCAGGAUCCUCCACAGAGACCUGAAGCCUCAGAACCUGCUCAUCAGCUACCUGGGAGAGCUCAAGAUGGCCGACUUCGGUCUGGCUCGCUCCAAGUCCAUCCCCAGUCAGACCUUCUCGUCGGAGGUGGUGACGCUGUGGUACCGACCCCCCGACGUCCUGCUGGGAUCCACAGAUUACUCCACAGCUCUGGACAUCUGGGGAGCUGGUUGUAUCUUCAUCGAGAUGCUGCAGGGGGCGCCGGCAUUCCCUGGAGACUCUGAUGUGUUUGAACAACUCCAGACAAUCUGGACGGUCCUGGGUGUCCCCUCUGAGGACAGCUGGCCUGGAGUCAGCCAGCUGCCCAACUAUCGCCCAGGGUGGUUUGUUCACCGCGAGCCGAAGCAGUUCAGGACCGUCUGGAAAAGGUUGAACCAGCUGCCCUACAAGACCGAGGAUCUGGUCCAGCAGAUGUUGAAGGGGGUCCCUGCAGACCGGAUCUCAGCUCAGGACUCCCUGCAGCACCCGUACUUCAGCACGCUGCCUCCUCCCAUCAUGCACCUGCGAGACACGGUGUCCAUUUUCAAGGUGCCGGGCGUUCGUCUGGAGACGGAGGUCAAAGACACCUUGAACCCGGGACGGCGGGUCAAACCGUCCCUGCUGUCCUCCACCAAGUGCUGGUGACCGGAAGUCAGACCGACCGCCAUCAGACCGUCAACCUGACGCGACGAGCGCCGCAGAAGAAAUCCGCUGCAAACCUUUGGCUCAGAUUAGCUGCUAGCAUGACGCCGAGUGCUGGCUGUCGCGUUGAAACUUGUCUCACGUAAAUCUGAUUUCAUGGCUGCGUUUGUUGAUUUGGAUGCAAAACGUUCCCUUCAGGACGUCGGUCUCAGCAGGCUUCCUGUUAGCAUUCGUUAGCAGUGCUGCAGCAGAUUCAUGAGGAUUUAUUCCCCUGAAACACUCAUGAAUAACGAGCGAGUCUUCAUUUGUUGUUGUUCUGCAUGUUGACACGCUGACAAAUAAAAGCUUGUCAGGUUUUGUCGUCUGUCCACAUGUGAAGGUUAAACGAGUGUUUUCAGCUUCUUCUUGUUCAUUAAAGUCUUCAUCAGGACGAUACAGCAAAUCACUUGUCCCCUGAAGUUAAACCACAUCAUGUCCUCGGUGUAUUCAGUGACUGAAAUAAAGAUUUACAAUCAAGUCACUUUUUAAAAGUGUUUUUAAGGUGUUUUAACUAAAACGCUGAAUGAUUCCAGAAGUUCUGCAUGUGGGAGCAAAAUUUUGAAUUUUCCUCUUGGCGGAUUAUUGAUCUGGAGUGCAAUCGCUCUUUGCAGAUAAUUUUGUAGAUCUGCAACAUCUGCUGUCUCACAGUGACGGCAGUCUGUUCUGGUCUCGGGUCUUCGACUGAACCGAGUGCAGCUGAUUUAUGACUCAGUUAUCACCGUCAACUGUUUCCUUCUGUGUGGCUGAUGAUCUUCUCCUCCUCUUCCUCACGACACCUCAGCACCUGUCCAAUCACCUCGCACUGUGAAAAACGGACACCGUCAACAGGGCAGGACUUUUUACAGUGUACAUCAAAUGUUUUGU